UUUUCCACCAAUAUUUGUCUUCUUUCCCCUCUCUCUCUCUUUCUCUCUCUAUCUGUGAUCUUGUGAACUUUGUUCUCUCAGGGAGAGAUGGUGGAUGAGUUUAUGGUGUGCGUGGACAGGAUCAUCUUAGCGUCCUCAGCUGCUUAUUGCUUCCGCGGAGGAGACUCUUCGCCGGUCAACGGGAUGGAGAGCCUUUUGAGCAAUGCUGGCUCGAUCGCCGGUAAGCCGGAGGAAGUGGUGGUCAACGCUUCUUGUGAGGGCUUUUGCAGUGCUGGGUGCGGGGAGGGAUGCUCAAAGGGGGGCGGUGUAGUGAGAGAGUGUAGAAUUUGCCAAGAAGAGGAUGAUGAGAAAGACAUGGAGGCUCCUUGUGCCUGUAAUGGCACUCUCAAGUUUGCUCAUAGGAAGUGCAUUCAGAGAUGGUGCAACAAAAAGGGUGAUAUCACUUGUGAAAUCUGUAGUCAGGUUUUCUCACCAAACUACACUCUCCCACCAGCAAGAAGCAAUCCUGAUGUUUUGGCAAUUGAUAUCAGCCAAGCUUGGGGUCCGGCCAUUGACCUUAGGGAUCCUCGUUUUCUAGCCUUUGCUACUGCUGAGCAUCAACUUCUUCAAUCUGAAUAUGAUGACUAUGCCAUUGCUAGUAGUAGCAGCCUGGCAUGCUUCCGCUAUGUUGCUAUCAUUAUGAUGCUACUCCUGUCAGUACGCCAAAUGUUGAUGGUUGCAAGGGACUUUCAAAUGCUUCGAGAAUCAUCAUCGUUCUUCAAUUUCCAGAUAUCGCUUCUUCAACUGGCUGGUUUUCUCCUCCCCUGUUAUGUGAUGGCACGAUCCUGGUACGUUGUACAAUGCCGAAGGAGAAGACAGGGUUACUAAAGCUGGCGAUUCCCAUAAAAUCCCUUCACCUUUCUAAAGGAGGCAAGAUUGUUUGGUAAUCGAAUCCAUUCCAUGAGAGGAGUCUUUUGUACAUCACUUUUUCCCAUCUCAUCACCCUCAAGUUUUAUUUGAUUUACAUAAAGAAGAUGAACUCGUUUAUGCUGUAAAUGCUUCUGCAGUAGCCUCUCGUGCACAUACGAGCUGAGCUUUCUUCCUUCUUCCAUAGGCUAUAUAGGGGCUAUAGAUGAACUCCAAAUCAAAUGUAAAUGUGAGAAAACAGUUCAUCAUAGCUGUGUUCAACAUCUUAUGCAA